AUAGUUGGAAGCUUGCUACAAUAAGUGCACAUCAAUAAGUAAGGAUAAGAACACAUAACAUCUUACCUUAAAGAAAUCUUUAUGAACUGUAGACUUUUAUUUGUAUACUGCCUAUGUACCGUAUAAGCAGCAGAUUAAAUUUCACCAAUCUUUUAUCGUUUUCAGAUGAAUUUUUGCCGACAAGCCCUCAUUCCUCUAUUCUUUAUCGUCCUGAGCUACGUGUGCCUGUGCUGCACUUCCCCUCCUGUCCCCCAGGGGACGAAAUAUUAUAACUCCUUUCGCCUCACCAGGUUCACGCGAACCCGUGUCCAGCAGCUGCUAAAGAGAUAUAAGGAGCAGCAGUUGGGAGAUGAGCACUUUGAAGACAGGAGUCUGCAAAUGAGUUCCCUGCCAUUACUCUCUAUAGAAUUUUACAGCUGGUUAGAUCUAAAGGAUUUUGAUCGGCUGCAUGCUGCUUACCGGGACCUGCACACCUACUGGAAUAUGCUGGAACAGAAGAAAAGACAGAUGAGAACCAACGAGAUAGGGCAGCGGGUGGUGGGCAGGCACAAGACCAACCCUGGCAUUAUUUUACCUGCCAGCAUAGAGUACAUUCAGCAUGACCUGAGGGAUCUCAUGAGACAAAUCAACAUUCAGGUACAAAGAGUUAUUUACCUUCUCCUGAUUUCAGCAAACCUAAAUAUGGUCUAUCCUACUUCUAUGAAUGUUAUUUUGUAUUGUUUUGCAGAUGACACACAGACACGACUCUGGGAUAAAUCCAACCCCUCCCACUCUUCCGGUAUUCUCAAGGAGCAUCCAGUCCCUUCUCAGACGCUGUGGGCCAGCCGGCUGGAGGGUUACGUCAUUCUAAGAGAUCUGGACCUCUACCUCACAAAACUAUCGAGAGACUUCCUGCUGUUGAUCUCGAAUUAUACCCACGCCUCACUUGUCGCAGAACAGUAGAGCCUAAAACAUACAUAAACACAAGCAAAAGCAAACACACACACACACACACACACACACACACAUACAUGAUGCACCUGCACACACAACUGCAUGCACUUAUAUGUGCAAAAGCUAUAGGUUGUUGUUGAAAUGUAACUGACAAUAUUUCCUCAUAAUGGAUGAUGAUGUUUGUGGUAACUACACAAUUCAAAAUGUUACUCUGACAAUAUCAUUUUGCCAGUGUUGUAAAUACCUUAAAUGGUUUAAUAUUUUAAGGGUUUAAUAGUGAUACAGUGAUUUCUCUCUUACAAGCAGUAUUACUGUAUUUUUAAACCUCUUUAAGGGGAUUUCCAAAAGUUUCUGUCAUAUCUUUGGCUGUAAGUCAACAAUAAGCUCAUGGAGCAUGGAGAACACUUUUCAACGUCCUCUUUUUCUACCCAACCCUCAAUUUACUGGACUUUCCAUGACAUAUUUGCUAUUUAUUGCCAUAUUUA